AUGGUCAAGACAACUUUCCUCGCUUCCUCUCUCCUCGCUUUCGCAGCCGCAGCCCAAUCCUUACGAUUCACGGGCCCCAGCACAUCAGAAGCUCUGGACAUAACGACGGAAAUCAACAUCACAUGGGGAAAAGGCAACUCAUCAGAAGAGCACGAUCUCCCACCCAAAUUCACCCUAGAAUGGUUCACUCACCCCGUCAAGAAUCAAAGCAUUGGGUCCGAGAUUCAGACUGACCUCGAUGUUUCUGACGGUGAAUACAAAUGGAAACCCAGCACGAGUACUAUCAACAUGCUUAAGCCGUUUUGGAAUGAACUCUACGAUAAUAAGUUCGAGUUCCAAGCCGUCUUUUACAAUGAGACGGAUCCGACUUUGACUUUGAAAACGGUCUCUAGUGGAAAGUACGCCGUUAUUGGCUUGAAAGACGCAAGAAGUGGAGGAGAGACAGUUGGGCUUCCAUGGGGAGUUUUAGCUGGUGGUCUGGCGACAGUGGGCAUGAUGCUUGUUUGA